AUGGAAAGCAAAGCUCCUACAACUUGCAGACUCUGCAACAUAUCACUAGCUAGCCCAAGCGUGUGGCGACAACACGCAAAGAGCGAUUUGCAUGUCUAUAAUCUGCGGGUCAAGGUCGCAGAGCCGGGCACGGUCAUCACACCUCCAUCUUCAUCUCCUCGCAGACAAGCAAGUGCGGCUUCAAGUCGCCAUGUCCAAGUUGAUGAGGAUGUAGACGACUCCGACUCCAACUACGAGUCGGCGGACGAAGACCCAGAGCCUACCGCCGGACUGCAAUACAAUCCUCAUCAGUGCCUCUUCUGCAGCACUGAGAGCACCAGUUUCAACGACAGCCUACAGCACAUGUCCAAAAUGCACAGCUUCACAAUACCGCAUCAAGAGCAUCUCGUUGUUGAUGUCGAGACCAUCGCCGCAUACCUGCAUUUGGUCAUUUACGGCUACCGCGAAUGCAUCCGAUGCGGAUGCCGGCGGCGUUCGGCUGAAGGCAUUCAACACCACAUGACUGCCAAGGGACACUGCCGAUUCGACAUUGUUUCCGACAUGGAGGAAUUCUACAAUAUGCCUUCUCGAAACUAUACAGCCGAUGGAGAGUCCCUACUGCUCCCAUCUGGUAAACUCCUCAGCAACCCCACCAAAGCGAGUGGACCGCUGGUGUCGCGCACCCCUCGCUCCUCGACACGGCGGCGCAUGGCACUCACGACACUGCAGACGUCUACCAGUAAGCCAAAGGCAUCCAGCGCCGCCGAUCUACCAGCGGAAGGUAGCGGCGAUGCGCCCUUGUCGUCCGACACUCAGUUGUCGCGAUUGGCCAAGAGCGACCAGCAAAGUCUGUCGCACCUCCAGGACUACCAAGUCCGGUCUUUGGUGGCGACUGGCGCCCGGGCGGUUGAUGAGGCAAGGCGGGAAGCGAAGCAUUCGGAGCUCAAGCUCUCCAAGGCGGGAAAUGUGACGCUGAUGGGCACCUUUAGAGCGGAUACGUCGAAGCGCUUCAGAGGUCCCUGGGGUUAG